GCUACUGCGCAUGUGCGUAUUCCAUCUGUUUAUGGAUAUGUGACCAACUUCUUGGUUCAGAGCCUAAUGCCAAAGGACUUUGACCACCAGUAGUUCGUUUCCGAACCGACUCGCUUUUAAAUGGCCACCGCCGCCCCCCCUCCAGCUGCUGGAUCCACUCCGGCCGCCGACAACACGAACGCCGGUUCCACUAGCGCCAACGCCGGAUCCGACGGUGGCAACCAGGACAGCACUUUUGAGUGUAAUAUUUGUCUGGACACCGCCAAAGAUGCCGUGAUCAGUCUGUGUGGACACCUUUUCUGCUGGCCUUGUUUGCAUCAGUGGUUGGAGACCAAACCCACCAGCCAAGUGUGUCCGGUGUGUAAAGCAGGCAUCAGCAGGGAAAAAGUUAUCCCUCUAUACGGCAGAGGCAGCACUGGUCAACAAGAUCCACGAGAAAAAACUCCCCCUCGCCCACAAGGACAAAGGCCAGAGCCUGAAAACCGUGGUGGUUUUCAAGGUUUUGGUUUUGGAGAUGGCGGACUCCAGAUGUCCUUUGGAAUCGGCGCCUUUCCUUUUGGUAUAUUUGCUACAGCUUUUAAUAUAAAUGAUGGACGACCUCCACCAGCCCACCCUGGGACUCCGCAGCACACAGACGAACUCUUCCUGUCCCGACUGUUCUUGUUUGUCGCUCUGGUGAUUAUGUUUUGGCUGCUGAUCGCAUAACGCCAGGAAAACACCUUUUGACAAAGAUUAUUUUAUCUCCCAAUCAAAGCCAUUCAAGACUGGAUGCUCAUCCUCCUUUGUAACUGGCGCAUGCUCGGUUGCAGUCUUUUCUUUUAAAAUGUAUUUAAAGCCUUAAAUGAUUUGAUUUUAGUCUGAACACAUAUGACUCAAGUUGAAUCGUGAUCAUCUUCCGGUUGCUCAUUUUUCACUUUUACAAUUUCAAAUGUUGCCUGUCAGACUGUUGAACAUUUGAAGCCUUGCAAUAACAGCAUUUUCAAAGGAAAUGUAUUGAUUUUUUUUUUUUUUAAAUAGUAAUUUACAGUACUCUACACUAAGCGCCAGUAUUAGGAGUCAUGGAACCCAAGCAUGACAUGUUGACAUAUUUUUAGAUAAGGUUGCGAUGUUAAUAAUGUGGCGCUAUCAUACAGCAGCAUUGGUAAAAUACGAUUCUGAUUAUUCAACAAAUCAUGUGGUAAACACUUUCAGUUAAAUGGGCAACACCAUGCAACAGCAGCGCGUUAGCAUAUUAACACAGGAGGGAUAAACUAAAUUGAUAAAAACUGAUCAUGAAUGUGUGUAAAUGUAUUGUUCAGUGAAAUAUUGCUCGAAGAACGGCAAAAGCAUAUUUUUUUGUACUUUGAAAACAGAUGUAUUGUGAUACGAAAAUACCUGUUUUGAAAAGGAUUUCUUUAACUAGCCGCUCUUGUUAGCCUGUGUUAUGUGAUGAAGAAGUAACGGCUCGGGUGCGUCUGGAUUUUUGUGUCAGCCCACCCAAAAUACAUGACACUUUCGUUUGCUAACUUAAUGGAGGUCUGAAUUCUCAAAACUGUAACACAUUCAACAUAUCCUUAUUUGAAGGCAGUAAAGGCAUCUCGGGAGCUCGAGAGUCAAAUGACAGCAUGUGUGAUAGAACGGUGUUCUUCCUCCCUCUGAUAUCAUCUUUUGAGCGUAGUUACAUGUAAAUGACUGUAGAUUUAAAACUGAAGAAGAAGGUGGCGGUGUAAAUAAACAUCAACCUGAUGA